GGACCUCCCAGUCCGGGCGCGUUUACUCAUCCCCGCGAGGUGAUCCCUGGUGCGAGGGCGGGCGCAGGGCGCCCAGAGAACCCAGUAAUCCGAGAAUGCAGCAUCAGCCCUUCCCACCAGGCCCUUCCUUCCUUUUCCCGAACGUCCAGGGAGGGAGGGCCGCGCACUUAUAAACUCGAGCCCGGGCCCUCCGGCCUGUCAGAGGCUGCCUCGCCGGGGCUGUGCGCCGCAGCCGGACGCGUCUGGUCUGGGACAGACGCCAGCGGCUCCCCGCCCCUCUAGGCCCCGGCCGGGCCCCUGAGCGCAGACACCAUGCUCCGCGUCCUGUUCCUCGGCGUGCUGGCCCCCGCCGGCCUGGGGCUCCCGGCGCCCCUCCAGCCGCGGCCCCUCGGCAGCCAGUGCAUCGAGCGCGACUGCUUCGCGCUCUUCCAGGGCCCCGCGACCUUCCUCGCCGCCAGCCAGGCCUGCGAGCGCCUGCAGGGCCACCUGAUGACUGUGCGCUCCUCAGUGGCGGCGGAGGUCAUCUCCCUGCUGCUGAGUGGCGGCGGCCUGCGCCUCUGGAUCGGCCUGCAGCUCCCGCCCGGCUGCGGGGACCCGGGGCACCACGGGCCCCUGCGCGGCUUCCAGUGGGUUACCGGCGACAACAGGACCAGCUACAGCAAGUGGGCCCGGCCGCACAGUGACGGGGCUCCCCUCUGCGGUCCGCUGUGCGUCGCCAUCUCUGCGGCGGGGGACCCAGCGCCCAUGGAGCCGGCCUGGGAGGAGCAGCAGUGCGGUGCGGAGGCCGACGGCUUCCUCUGCGAGCUCCACUACGCCGCCUCCUGCCGGCCGCUGGCUGUGGAGCCAGGCGCCGCGGCCGCCGGCGUCGCCGUCACCUAUAGCACCCCGUUCGGGGACCGUGGCGCCGACUUCCAGGCGCUGCCGGUGGGCAGCUCGGCCGCCGUGGCGCCCCUGGGGCUGGAGCUAGAGUGCGCGGCGCCGCCCGGGGAGGCCGAGGGGCGCUGGGUCCGGGAGACGCCGGGCGCCUGGGCCUGCAGCGUGGAGAGUGGCGGCUGCCAGCACGGGUGCAACGAGAGCGCCGGGGAGUCGCGCUGCCUCUGCCCGGCAGACGCCCCCCUGCAGGCGGACGGGCGCUCCUGCGCGGAGCCAGCGCAGCACCCGUGCCACCAGCUUUGCCAGCAGUUCUGCGUCCCCGGCCCCCCGGACGCGCCCACCAACUACACGUGCAUGUGCGCCACCGGCUACCGGCUGGCUGCUGACCAGCACCAGUGCGAGGACGUGGACGACUGCAUGCAGGUGCCCAGUCCCUGCCCGCAGAACUGUGUCAACGAGCAGGGCAGCUUCCGUUGCAACUGCUACCCUGGCUACGAGCAGCAGGACGGCGAGUGCGUGGAGCUCCAGGACCCGUGCUUUGGGAACAAGUGUGAAUACGAGUGCCAGCCCGUGGGCCGGUCCGAGCACCGCUGCGUCUGCGCCGAGGGCUUCGUGCCUGUGCCCCACGACCCCAACAGGUGCCAGAUGUUCUGCAACCGCACGUCGUGCCCGGCGGACUGCGACCCCAACAACCCGGAGUCCUGCCGGUGCCCGGAAGGCUACAUCCUGGACGAGAGCAGCAUGUGCACGGACAUCGAUGAGUGCAGCAGUGACCUCUGCUCCGGCGAGUGCCGCAACCUCCCCGGCUCCUACGAGUGCGUCUGCGGGCCCGACUCCGUGCUCGCCGGCCAGAUCGCCACUGACUGCGACCCCGUCAAGGUGGGCGGCGACCGCACCGAGGAGCGCACCGAGGACGGCGGCUCCGGGGAGCCCCCGGGCAGCCCGCCCCCCGGCGGCGCCACCCCCCGCCCCCCGCCCGCGGAGCCCCUGCACUCUGGCGUGCUGGUGGGCAUCUCCAUCGCCAGCCUGUCUCUGGUCGUGGCGCUUCUGGCGCUCCUCUGCCACCUGCGCAAGAAGCAAGGCGCCUCGCUGGCCGAGCCGGAGUACAAGUGUGGGGCGCCGGGCAAGGAGGCGGUGCUGCCGCGCGAGGGAGCCGAGCGGACGCCUCAGAGACUCUGAGGGGCCUGCUUCCCUCCCCGGGUGUCCGCCUCUCCGCCCUCUGGUGGUGCCCCCCCCCCCCCGCCCCGCCUUCCUCAAAGCACCUUAGCUGGCAUCGGAACUGGAAAAGACCCUCACCCCUCUUCUUCCGCGGCUUCUGCGCAGGGCUGGGGAGGGGGACUGGCCGGCUCAGGGCCCAGCCCGUCCCUGACGUCGCCGCACAAGUGGGCGGAGAUGGCCGUUUUAGAGAGACAGCCCGCAGAGCGCCCAUGCCCUCACCAGGGGCACAGGAGGCGUGAGCGCUAUCGGUUCGGGCGGCCCCAGUGGACUAGCGAGCGUUUCCAGUCACGGACAGUGGCCACGGUAUUUAUUAUUAUUAUUUUUUAACUAUGUAGGGUUUCCGUCUCUCUGCUUUUUCCCUACCUGAGUGUCUCCAGUACCCACUGCAUCCCUCUGUCCUUCCUCCCGGCUCUCCCCUUCCUCUUUGCUGCAUUUAUGCGCUCCGCUGUCGCGGGGCCCUUAAACUCAGUGAAAUUUCUCCCAGCUCUCUGGCAUUUACUAAGCCACGCCCCAUUUCAUCUGGCUCGGUUCUCCAGAUCUUCCCUCCUGGGAAAUCGGCACUCACCUGAGUCAGCGGCUGGUGUCUGCCCAGGCAGAACUCCCAUGUGAGGCAGACACAAGAAACUGACACCGCGGAUGGUCGGGAACUCGCUCUCCCACCAGCUUUGCUCAGUUGCCCUGGAGCGUCAGGCUUCCGGAGCAGCGUCACGCUAACCGCCAUGAAGACCCGAGAGGCGUUUGCUGAGCUAGUGUUGGUGGGCUGUCAUAGAAACUCACCCAAGGAGAUUUUUAUUUUCAGUUUUUACACAACGAAUCUGGGUUUUCUUGUUGCUUUGGUUUGGACUGAAAAGCAGUCAUUUUUGUUAAGCCUUUUAUGUUGUGUCUUUUCUGACGACUAUUCCUAGCCGUGUUGUGGCUACUUAUUUUUGACAGUGUUGAAAACGUUUGUUCACGUGGUUGCUGUACAUUGUGAGACGGAAGCCCCACCCCCCCGCCAGGUGACAGUGUAAGAAAGGUUUGGGCUGCACCAUUCAGGCUGAUGACCAUUUUGACUCACUGUUCUCGUGUAAUCUGACGGCUGACAUAAAACCAGUUGCUGCUGGUUCUGUGGGUUUGGGGAUGGAGCCUCUUGGGUGUCCAGGGCCUCACCUGGAUCAGGCCCUUGAGGAUUUCUGCCCCUCCCGAGGCGCCUGCCCAGCCACGUGGAACGGGAUCUCGAGGCAAGAAGCGGAGCCGCCUGGACCUCUGCUUGGAAAUGCAGACCCCGAGGCUCUGUGCACCUCCUGCUGGAGAAUCUGCAUUUUGACUAGAUCAGCAGGGGGCCGUCUGCUCGGCAGAGCUGGAGGGGAGCUGUUCCAGGCAGCUCCGACCUUCUGGGACCGAUCACUUAUGGGUCAGUAAUAAGUAGCGGGCCAAGUCAGGCCCUCUGUUCUCAAGAAACUGAGGAAUCUUCACACGUCAGCUUUGCUUGCUGUCUGCCGGAGGCGCCUAGGUACACCCCGCGCGGAUGCUGCUGCACGAGGCCUCCGCUCCGAGGGAGCUGGGAGUGAGAUGCCGCGCGCUUCGGUGUGCGGGAGGAACGUGUCGCGUAAAGAUGUCUGUUGUAAAGCAAAGGUUUUCCGCCACUAUGUUGUGAACUCAGCACGUGUGUACAUAGUUAUUUAUUUAUUGGAGAUAAACCAGAACACAGGCGAACCCCUGCUUCUAAUGUCACAUGCAGAAAAUAAACAGAUAACUGAGGGCU